AUGGCUAGUGCGGAGAAUACUCUUAUACGUACGAGGAAGUUUAUGUCAAAUAGACUGCUUUCACGAAAGCAGAUGAUCUUGGACGUUUUCCAUCCCGGGCGUUCAGUUAUUUCAAAGAAGGAAAUUCGGGAUCGCUUGGCCAAAAAAUACAAGACCACGCCUGAUGUCGUUUUCCCCUUCGGGUUCCGCACCAAAUUCGGUGGUGGUAAAUCCUCGGGAUUUGUAAAUGUAUACGACUCGUUGGAUUAUGCGAAAAAGUUCGAACCCAACUACCGGCUUAUUCGCAAUGGCCUCUUGGAAGCCAAGAAAUCCGGUCGCAAACAGAGGAAGGAAAGGAAAAACAAGAUGAAGAGAGUCCGUGGUACAGCCAAGGUAACCGGUAUUGAGAAAAAGAAGAAGAAGAAGGAUUAA